CUCGCGCGCAUCAAAAAGAGUCGCGCUCAUUGACGCGUGGGCUCUGCUCUUUAUGGCACGAGCGUACAGGUAUAAAAGCAAACGACGCACGACUCGAAAUCCAGAAAAUCGGCGGCGACACCCACUGAGCAAGAAGAGACCUCAUUCAAGGCAAUAUGCAUCCCAACAUGAAAUUGUGGAUCGGCUGGGCAGCGUGUGCCUUUCUCUUGUUCGUCUGUUUGGGAACUCUUACGGAAGGGUACCCAACAAAACCCAACAACCCUGGAGAGGACGCACCUGCAGAGGAGCUCGCCAAAUAUUAUUCUGCACUAAGACAUUACAUCAACCUUAUAACAAGGCAGAGGUAUGGUAAAAGGUCCAGUUCUGAUACCUUUAUUUCAGACCUUCUGCUUGGUGAAACAGAGUCAAACCCCCAGUCCAGAUAUGAGGACAAUUUGGUGUGGUGAUCUCAAAAAUUGUGUUAACCUAUUAACAUCCAUGUGUCAUCCUGUUAACUAUUCAAUGCUAUGGCAAUCAGAUGUCAUACAAUUGAAAUCCUCAAUGUGAAGGACCACAGCCACACUGAAAACACAGAAGAGCAUAAACCUUAAAUGAUUCAAUAAGAAAAUCUAUACAACUAAGCCAUCUGUGUUCCAGCAUACAGUAUAUAGUUCUGUUACAGUCUUGUUGAAGUUUGUGCUCUCUCUAGACUCAUCAAAGAUCAAUCAGCCAUCGACUGUACAAAGACUAACUGUGUGUAUGCCUAUUGUGUCCAUUGUGUCCCCAAAUAUCAAAGGAGAACAUUAUUGACUGUACAGUAUAGCGGUGAUAAUAAAAUUCACUCUUUGAAGGAG